AGAGUGUGAGAUGGUUCAUGUGGCACUAACAUGUGGGAGAUGUACUUUGGUGCCAGGGCAUGCAGAGACUUAUACACAAGUAGAGCUGCAUUAAAGUCUAUUCUCUGAGCUACAGGAGCCACUGCAGAGACCUGAGCAUAGGACGCAUGUGUGAAGUACUUCCUGGUUCUAGUCAGGACCCGGGGAGAAGUGAUCUGGAUGUACUGCAGCUGUGUUAAGGCUCGUUUGGAGAGAACGUGUUGGACAUCGAGGAGAAAGAAACCCCGAGGCCACAUGGCAACUGAGGGUGAACCCACAGACCUGAUGAAAGUCCUACACCUGCUCGUGCUGUCAUUCACCUGGGGCAUGCAGCUUUGGGUCACAUUCAUUGCUGGUUUUGUCCUGGUGCGGCAGGUUAGUCGGCACACCUUUGGCCUAGUGCAGAGUAAACUUUUCCCUCCAUAUUUCUACUGCUUGCUGGGGAGCAACUUCAUCAGUCUGUCCAUGUACGCUGUGUACCACCCCAGAGAGCUGCUGGAGACCCAUGAAGCCAUACAGAUGCUGCUGUACCUUGUAGCCCUGAUCACAGCUGGUUUAAAUGCUCAGUGGUUUGGCCCCUCCGGUACAGAAGUGAUGUUCCAGAUGUGGGAGGUGGAGAAGGAGCACGGAUUAGGACAACAAAUUGGACUGGGCAGCCAAAAGGAGGAAUAUGCCAAACUCAAAGAGAAAGACCCUAAGUACAGAGAAUACAGGAAAGUUUUUGGGCGUUACCAUGGGCUAUCCUCUAUCUGCAACCUGAUUGGCUUCAUCUGUGCCACUGUUAAUUUAGUUUACACAGCUAUGAAUCUGUCCACCAUAUAGAAACAAAAUAGACUUGAUUCAGACAUUAUACUGCAACUGUGAAGUGGUACAUUUAUUUAGUUUGCUUUUCUUAAUGAUGUUUUAAAAGAGUAUUGAUUACCGGUAGCUAUUUUUAGGCAACCCUAUAUUGUCAUACUAGCAGAGGGCAGUAUUUUGAUGAAAUAGAAUUCAGUGAACUAUUAGUUUUUAGGUCCAAUACUAAUAAAAAAAGAUAAUUUUAAAUUUUCACCAUGUUAGGUGUGUUCUAUCAAAAAUGACGACUGGAAUCAAUCAGUUAAAAUCACAAAAGUUUAUUCCCUGUUCAAUGCAAUUCUAAUACAGAGCUCUGGGUCAGACCAUUGUCCCUAAUAGCCUAUGUACACAGGACUUAAGACAGGCGCUCUGAUUGCCUGCCUCUCCCUAGACCAGUGGUUCUUAACCUGGGUUCGAUCGAACCCUAGGGGUUCGAUGAGUCAGUCUCAGGGGUUUGGUGGAGGUCAAGACUCAUAUGAUUCGUGGACUGCGAGCGUCUCUAGAUUCUGGCCGUGUCCCAGUUCGACAAAUGCACCCUUUAAUGUGCCUAUCGAAGUACCCGCCCAACUUAAAUGAGCAGUUCGAACGGCAUAAAAAAAUGAAACGACAUAAAAACUAAGAAAAGGAACAGACUUUGCUGUGAAAAUGACAUGAGAGUGGCCAAGAAGCCAUGCAUUUCUGAACUGGUCUCUCAAAGGCAACAGCAGAAGUCACACUGAUUUGCAGUAAAUAUUCAUUAUUAUUCUAGCCUGAAGGAAAUUAGGUGAUGGGUGUGUGUUAAAAUGUUAAAAAUAAUAAAUAGCUCAUUAUUGGAAUACAUGAGGUUAAACAUUUUAAUUAUUUAUUAGUGUGGUAGUAUUAAAAAAGGUGAUGUCUUUGUAAAAAGGUGUGUAUGUAAUUUGGUGUGAGUUCAUGCAUUGAACUGGUUUUAUUCUUUGAACACAGUGAUGUUAAUGCAUGGUUCAUUUUGUGCACCAGUAAAACAUACUUAUGUCUUGAAUUUGAAAAAAAUAAUAUUUUAUUUUUCAAUAAAGAAGGGUUUGGUGAAUGUGCAUAUGAAACUUGAGGAGUUCAGUACCUCCAACAAGGUGAAGAACCACUGCCCUAGACCCAGAGAUAAAAAAAAAUAACAAUAUGAAUAUGCAAAUAAUAUGUUGAGAAGGUUCACGCCUUGGUUCCUCCUUCCGACCUCUUUCACUUCACUGUUUUUGACCUUGAGACAUCUCCGGCUGCCUUAUUUCUGUAAAGAGUUUCUCCAAAGCAUACAGCUGCCUUCCGUUAUUCAGAACACACAAUGUUGCCUUUAAAGGGCACUAUUAAUUAUUUCAGUGUUUAAGCAUUAAAACAGUGUUUAAAUCAAAGUGUAACUUCAUUAAACAGUAUUCAAACAGCUAUAUAAAUUCAGUGUUUUGAUAUAUACGUGUGAUGCAUCUAAGAAGCUUUAUUACUUGAUAUAUCCUUCAACCACAAGUGCUUUUGAAUUAUAUUUUUGUGAGUUUUUGUGUCUUUUUCAAUGUUAGUAGCAAAGAAUGAAGAUAUUUUUGUAAUUAAAGUUAGUCAUUGUUUCAAUAUCAGGUCAGAGAGUGGCAGUAAUAUAUUGACAAUAAUAAUGACAAUAUAUUGAUGUUGAAUAAUCAAAAGGGAUAAAUGAUGUCACAUUGACUUUACAGGCUUGGCAAAAACUAUGAAACUUUCACCUAACUUUAAUAUAUGUCAUAAAAGACAAAUAUUUUUGAUCAGAAAAGAGAGUUGGUGUUGUUUUUCUUCUUCAUCUUAUAAAAAUGGUACUGCUGCGACAGUUGUUUCCCCAGUCUUGCCUUAUCAGUUGUUAGUAAAGUCAUCCUUAAAAGUAUUCAAAUAUCAGUAAUCAAAUUCAUCUCAUCACUGAAACAAUUUUGUAGAAAAAAAACUUUGUUUCAUUUGUCAGUAUAGCUUUAAAUAUUGUUGUGAUUGCAUUUGUUUUUGAUUGUGUGACAUAUUCUUAUAAUAAACUUUGAGAGA